AUGUUUUUAGAUUCCAAUAUUAUUGAAAAUAGUGAAGAAGAUGAAACACCAAACAUUUGCUUAGAUACUUUUGGCUUAAGCCAAGAAUUAGAUUAAAAAGUAUAAUUUAUUUAAUUGAUAGAAAAGUAAAAUAAAGUGUUAAAGAAAAAUAAAAAUUUUAAGAAAAAUUUAGGAGUUGGAAAUGCUUAAUAUGAUUCCUAUGAUAUUGAUUUGAAUGAAUUUGUUAUUCAAAAGCAAACUUUUACAUAAGAGAAUGAAUAAUUAAGAGGAUCAGUUGAAUUAAAUGUAGACCCUUAAUUAUUCGAAGUUGUAUAAUUUGAUCCAGUAAAGUAAUAAGAGGAAGAAGAUAAACAUUCGCAAACUAUCUAAAUGGAAUUUAAAUUAAAAGAAAAAGAAAAUAAACAUAAUUUAUAAUAAGAACAAUAAUAAUAACAAUAAUAACAAUAAUAACAAUAAUAACAAUAACAAUAAUAACAACAAUAAAAACAAUAACUAUAACAAUAACAAUAAUAACAACAAUAACUAUAAUAAGAAUAAGAAUAAUAGUAAGAAUGUAUUAUUGAAAUCUGUAAUUUUGAAUAAAUUUCUGUUUAAGAUUUAAUAGCUAUUCCCCCUAUUUCUCCUUAUGCUGAAAAAAUUACUUAAUUACAUUUACCAGAUUAUUUACACGAUUUUCUUGUAAAUCCAAUCCCCAUAGAAGGAAUGUUUUAGUGCACAAUAUAAAGAGACAAAUCUGGACUUAAUAGAUUUGUUCCUAAAUACAGAAUGUAUUGGAGUCAUAACGGUUAAUUUUUGCUAGCUGCAAAAAAGAUUUUAAAUAAAAAUAAGUAUAUUGUCACUUAAGAUGGAGAUUUUAAGUAGAAAGAUGAACUUCUGAUGAUAGGUAAAGUAGAAUAAAGUUAAUAAUCAAAGGCUGAUUAUAAUUUAUAUGAUAAUGGAGUAAAAAAGAAAAAUCAAAGUAAAUUCAAGAAACUGAGAACUUAAUUAGGUAGUGUGUUUUUUGAUACUACUUAUGAAAGCUAGACUCGGCCUAGAAAAAUAGUUUUAGCAUUAAGAAAAAGUGAAAAGGAAACCAUAUAAUUUAUUAGUCGUAAGCCAUAGGUUAUUAUAACUGGCACAUGUAAGUAUUUUAGGAAUGAUUAGAAAAAUUAUAUACUCUUGAUUUCUUUGGAAGAGUGAAAAAGCCAUCAAUAAAGAAUUUUUAAUUGGUCUUAAAAAGUGAUGAUAAAGAUAUAAUAUAUGUCCAAUUUGGAAAAGUUGAUAAGAAUCGAUUCAAUUUAGAUUUUAUGAGUCCUUUAAGUCCCUUAAUAGCUAUGUAAUUAGCUUUAUGCAAUUUGAAUUUCGCAGGGAAAGCAUGA